AUGGCGGUCGGCAGUGCCCUCGGCCUGGUGGCCGGCCUGCUGGCAUGGAUGCUGACCAUGCCGGUGGAGCUGGCCCGCGGCCAGAUGCCCCCGCCCUCGGGGCUGCCGAACAUCUACCUCCACCGGUCCAUGGGGUCCCUCAUGCGGGGCACGGGCCGGGUGGAUGUGGUCACCGCGCCGGGGCAGGCCUCGGUGACGUUCAAGCUGAAUGGCCCGACAACGAUGGAGAUCUACGACCAGCGGGACGCGCUGGACAUCCUGCCGGACUACCGGGUCGGGUCCUUCUUCGGGCCGGUGCCGCGAGAGACGCUGGAGUGCCCGCGAAGUGGCGUCGACCCGGCCAGCACCAGCAUCAUGGCUUUGCCGGUGACCGGGAGCCCGACCCCGGCCCUGGUGCAGCAUACCGACCAGUGGGUGGCGCUGUUUGAGUCGCCGAUGGAACACCCGCUGCCGGGGCCGGCCACGCAACUGCUGCGCGGCCUGGCCGCGGCCGUGGACGAUGUGGACCUGGUCGGGGUGACGGACAUCCCGGGCCAGUCGCGGCAGGGGGAGCUGUUCCUCGGCCGGCUGACGUCGGCCGGGCUGGCCGUGCGGCCGGUCGGCAUGACGGUGGCCCUGCCGGUGCUCACGGCCACCGGGACCCGGCGGCACUUCUACGUGGCCGAGUCGGACGCCCUGCACAGCAUCGCCCUGCAGGAGGACGGCACGGCCGUGGUGGAUACCAUGCUGCUGUCGGACACCGUCAUCAGCAUGGUGACCACGCGGCUGGUGUCGACGGUGGCCCAGUGCCCGGACCAUGCGGACGUGGUGCUGGCCACGGCCGACGGCCGGCUGAGGGUCUUCCCCUGCCACGGGGGCAGCCAGCCCGGGCCCGAGCUCGAGGGCGAGGUGCCGGAGUGGCAGCUCUGGGUGCAGGACAGCCUGGUGGCCGUGGGGCCGGCCUCGCUGGACCAACUGUCCGGGUUCUUCCUCUACCAGUCCCCCGGGCAGGAUGGCUUCGACCGGCCAUACGUUUGGCGGGUGAGCGUCAGCCCGGAUGGGGGGGACCUGCUCUGGCAGUGGAUGGUCAUCAGCGGCGGCACCGAGGUGAGACGGAAUGCGCUGGGCAAGUUCCGGACAUCGGAGACCGGGCUCUCGGACUGGCUGAUGGUGAGCUACAACCAGGUGUACUUCGACUCGGCCACCUUUCAGUGCUCCACCGAUGAGAGCAUCAUUUGCGACGGGCCGAGCUACACCGACACAUUCGGGGCCUUCGACUGCAUCGAGGGCCAUGGCGUGUCGUACUUUGCCCGGCCCGACCAGAUAUGCGGUGGCUGUGGCCCUCGCUGGUAUUUGGACCGUCCGCCAGGCGAGCCGCCAUUCAGCCAGCCCGAGCACGAGUGCAAGCGCUGCGACGAGGACAGCUGCUGGACCUGCAAUCGCCAGGGCUGCCUGGUGUGCGAUAGUACACGGAUUCCGGAGUACAGCGGCCCCGGCGGCCGGGUGGUCUGCCGGCAGGGCGGCUGCUCGCCGGGGUUCCACCUGGUGGCCGGGGUGUGCCAGGCCGAAGGGCCGGCCCUGCCGGUCAUGCGCAUCAGCCCGCCGGAGGUGGAGACCCUGCCCGGGCUGGACCCGGGCAUCCCGGUGACGGCGCUGGCGGCCACGCGGCUGACCGUGGACCCGGUGUCCGGGGGGCCGGUGGUACCGGCGGUCGGAGGCACCGGGACCGACCCGGGCAUGGUGCUCCUGCUGCAGGCCGGGCCCCAGGCCCGGGCAUGGCUCAUGCCCAAUGGGGCCAUCGGCCAGCCGGGCAAGGCCCCGCUGCAGCCGGUGGCCCUCCUGAGCGGCCCGCUGCCGGCGGAUGUGGUGGCCGUGGCCGAGGUCGGGCCCUUCCUGGAGGAUGGCGGCCAGCUGCUGCUGGGGCUGGCGCUGUGCGACCGCCAGGGCACCGUGUAUGAGGCGUGGCUGGAGUGCACGUCCGGGCAGGCGGACGGGUCGGCGCCAUGUGCGGCCGCCGGCGGCCCGGCCGUCCUGACGCCCCUGCUGCAGGGCACCGGCUGUGUGGACCUCCAGGUCCAGGCGACCACCGGCCGGCAUGUGGUCAUGCUGUCGGACCAGGCCCAGGGGGCGGCCCUGCUGGAGGCCGAUCCGGCCGGCCGGCGGCUGCUGGCCACCCGGGUGCCGAUGGAUGGCAUGGUGGUGCUGCCGGGGCCCGGGGGCCCGGAUGGCCGCGUGGCCGACCCGGCCGUGGGCGACUGGCUGGUGGGCACCAGCGCCGGGGACCUGCCCUCGGCCAUGCCCACGCGCUUGCCGGUGUGGGAUUCCCGGUGGAGCUACCUGGUGGGCCGGUUCAUUCGGGGCGUUGCCACCUGGCCGGAUGUGCUGGUGCCGGUGGUCCUGCCGGCCGGCGGGGGCUUCCCGCUGGAGCUGGUGUUCGUGUCCACGAAGGAGGACCAGUGGCGGGUGGUUCGCGCGCCGGGCGAAAUGCAGCCCACCGGCGCGACCAUGUGGCUGGCAUCCAGCAUGCAGGUUUUGAUGGAGACCCUGCCCCUGCCGGUGCCGCAGCUGCCGGUCAGCACGCUGAAUGUCCGGGCCCAGGGGCUGCACAUCCCCGGGUCGGCCACAUACCCGAGUGCCUUGCUGCUGCAGGCGCACACCAUGCUCGGGGUGUCGCUGCUCCGGUGCCCGGGCGACCGGGUCCUGUGCAGCUUCCUGCCGGCCGUGGUGCUGGAGCUGCCGGCGGCAUUCCAGGUGCCCUCCGACAAGCGGCUUUGGCAGGUGGCCAUCCCGCGGGCAGGUGGCCCGGCUCCCGGGCCCGGGGCCGAGGGCACCGUGCCGGUCGUCUCGCUGCUGGGCUUUUCCGAGGCCACCGGGCCGGUGCAUGUGCGCCUGGGGGCCGACUGCCCGGCCGGCACCUUCGGGCCGGCCUGCGAGCCAUGCCACCCGGACUGCCAGCAGGCGUGCACCGGCCCCGGGCCCGGGGAUUGCGUCUGCGCCUUCUGGCUGCCGGAGGACCCGGCCGUGUGUCUGGCGGCCUGCCCGGCCGGGACCUACAGCGACUGGGGCGCCUGCCGGGGCUGCCAUGCGUCGUGCGCCGAGUGCACCGGGCCCGAGGCCGGGGCGUGCACCGCAUGCGCGCCGGGGCUCGUGCUGGAGGAUGGCCACUGUGUGGUGGCCUGUGGGGCCGGGGAGUAUGCGUGUGCCUCCGCGUGCCUGCCCUGCCCGGGAGAGUGCGCCAGCUGCGAGGCGGCCAGCGGCAGCGGCCCGGGCUGCGAGGCCGUGUGCACCGGCUGCAAGCCGGGCUUUGUCCUGGUGGGCGACGAGUGUGUGGCGGAGGUCUGCCCGGUGGGGGAGUUCCUGCCGCCGGGCUCGGACACGUGCGCCCAGUGCCACUGCACCUGCCGGGCAUGCGCCGGCGGCGCCGAGCCCGACAAGUGCACCUCCUGUCCGAAGGGCUUCCACCUGUCGGAGGAGGGCCGGUGCCGGGUGUCCUGCCUGCCGGGGGGCCUGUGCCCCGGCCGCGUGGCCGAGGUGCUGCUGGUGCAUCUACUUUGCUGGGCUCGGAAGUUCGGCGGCGGCCACUGAGAGUCUGCCUUCCACAUCAGACAGGGGAAUAUACCCGAGAUGUCGCAUA